AUGAGGGUGAAGAAUCGCGUCAUGGAGAAGAGAAGAAUCAGACCACCUCCCCCAACCAGAGUCCGCCACCUACACCAGGAACCUGCAAGCCGCCGGGCACCACUCGAGGGAGAAAGAACGGGAAUCCCACCCACCAACCGACUUGAGCCAAUCCGCCGAAUCCACCAAACACAGCCAGAGAAGAGAGAGACCGGCGUCAGGGACAAGCCAGGCAGUCGCGGCGACCGCCGGCCCGGCCUCGCCGACGCCGGAGGAGGUGAAUCGAUCGAGAUUAAGGCGGCGAAAGUUAGGGGAUCAGAUCGAGUAGAGGAGGGUGCGCCUGGGCGGCUAUCGCUCGGCUCGGCUCAUGCGCGUGCGGUUUGGAUCGUGCGGGUUGUUCGCAAUCGGCCAGAGGGCAGCGAUCGUGCCGGCUGCUCGUGUAUCGUCGAAGGGGUUGAUGUACCGUUGAUGAAGGAUGCGGGAGAACUGGUGAUGCGAGAUGGAUGGCAAGCAGCGUGGCUGGCGGGGCUUGCGCUUGCAGUGGCAGCGACUAGGAUCGCCGAGAAGACAAGAGUGGGUGGAGGCAAUGGGUUUGGGACUUUGUUGCUAGUUUUUCUAUCGUGA